AUGUUUAGAUUGUUGAACCUAAUGAAAUCCAAGGGGAAUCGUAAUAGCCAGAAAAUUGCUCGGAAAUACUAUGCUGUUCACCGAGGAAGACUUACAGGUAUCUACAAUGAAUGGAAGACAUGCAAGGAGCAAAUAGAUGGCAUAGAGGGUGCAAGCUGGGGUUUAUUUCCCACUCCAGAGCAAGCAAAGGUUUUCGUUGAAACCGGCAAGCGCGUAAAGCCAAGAACUGAAAGGCAAUCAACAAAUACCAGUGCUGGAAUGAAAGCAUCUGCAAAAACUAGCGGUAAAGUAAACUAUUAUGCUGUGAAUAGCAAUAAUAAAGAACUAGCUAGUAAAAUAUUUGAAGAUUGGGAAUCAUGCAGAAAAUACGUCAGCGGGAAGUCCGGUUUGGCGUACAAGAAGUUUGAUGACCGUGCAAAAGCUGAAGCAUUCAUCUCAGGCAGCAGCCCCUAUGACUUCGAACUGAUUGGCAUACAAAAGGAUGACUUUGUGACACGCUGUAAGCUGCCUUCAAACUCCAACUGCCAAGGUCCCUAUAGUGAAGUUUCAGAGGUAUACUGUGAUGGCAGCACCUUGCGAAAUGGUCAUGAGGGUGCAGUUGGCGGAUGUGGGGUUUAUUUUCAAGAUGAACCUGAAUACAACAUUAGUGAAAGGCUAGAGCCGCCCGCUACUAACAAUCGUGCCGAAAUUAAGGCCGCUACCCGUGCUUUGCAGCAAAUUUGGCAUAAUCUAGCACUUGUGCCGGCAAGAGCACCACGAAAGAAUUAUCUCCUAUACACAGAUAGCGAAAACGUUGUAAAAUUCACGUCCUCACGUUACACUGAAUGCAAAAGCUUAGAUGAUCUGAGUAAGUUUUCAAACUCCGAUCUGCUGGUACCCCUGAUAAAGUACUAUAUAUGUGUCAAACAAUACUACGCUAUUAAUGCGGCGAGGUUCACUAACGCUGGCUUAUUUGAAAUCCAAUGGGUUCAGGGACACCAUGGUAAUGAAGGCAAUGAACAAGCCGACAAGCUGGCCAAGAGCGGGGCAACAUCGGCCGAAACCAGCGGUAAAAAAAGUACCAUGGUAGCAAGUGACCUACCGAAUCCGCGAUUCCCCUCUCGGGAGGAUAUAUCCAACAAUUUUUAG